AUCUGUAGUGCCAUCCAAGCUCUUUGAGUAGCUGUAGGACCGUUAGGGUGUGAAUAUUGUUUGGAGAAAAGAUGAUGCUUACAGUUAUUCUCAUACAGGCAACGGAUGCAUUUUUUCAUCUAGCAACUUUUCAGAAAAACAAGCUCCAAAAUACCAGACAAAUGAAAAACAGACUUCAGCAGCAACUUGCUGCUUCCUGAGUAACUAAAGAAUGUGCUUCUUGUGGUUAAAAUGAAGGAUCUGUUUAAUAUGGAUGAAAUAACAACACUCCAGGCAUUUUCAUUGACAUUUCACUGUGACUUUCUGAACUUAGGAGUGCUGACACGAAAACCUAUUCUUUCUGCUCGGCAAAGCCUGCAGUCAGAUUGCAAAGCUGGGACAGAAGAGGUCUAGGCGACGUCGGGUUCAUGUCUAUUUUUCUAUUUAUACUUAUUUUUCAUUCGCACUACCGCACUUCCUAAUUUCCUGGGAUUCCUUCUCUGGAACCAGUUAAGAACCCAGGAAGGGUUCUCAAUCCCACGCCUCUCGAGCAUUGGCCUUGCUUACCGGAUUAUCGUGGAAACGUUAGUGGUGGGUAUUUGUAAAGACUUUCCUAAGGUCAAGGGACACUUUGUGUACCUUGGGUCCAGAAGCUUCCCAGAGUGGCUGGGUAGGGCACUAUGGCACCCAGGAUAUAUUUGAAAACAGAAUCAAAGCCCCCUUUUCCGAUGCUCCCCGGAACCUGGCGGGCUCGGCUCCGGGGCAGCCCUGCAGUCUGGCAGCAGCCCGGGAGAGACAUGCUGUUUUGUUUAAAUCCUCCACAUUCUUUGCCAUUUCCCCAUUGGCCGGAUGGGGCUACCCUCCCCGCCGCGGCCGCUGCUGAUGUCAGCCUCGUCGCGUUCGCUCCUCCCGCACCCACCUCCCCGGCCCCAGGCACACUGCAGCUCUGCGCGGACUCUCCGGCCCCAGCGAGGUGGCUGCAAACUCGCGGGCACGCACCGCGCUCGGGGAGCCAAGGGACUCGGGGGAGGGGACGCGCGCGGAAGGCGCCAGCUUCCUCUCGCCCGCCCCUAGCAACAGCCAGUCGAGGUUCGAGGCACCCGGGGCCCCAGCACGGCAGAGCCGAGGGGUGGCGGCGGCGGUUGCUUCCCUUUUCUCCAGCCGAGCCCUGGAACGACUCAGGGACUGGCCCUAAAAAGAGCAGGAAAUCUUGUUUACCGCCCGGAGAGAGGAGCCGUUCGAGCCUUUGUCUGGAAAGUCUGCAUCUCCGGAUCCGGCUGCAAUGUGUUCCUGGUGACAUUAGCACUGGGCAGACCGGUCGGAGGAGGCGGGUAGCCAGGGUCUGCUCUGCUUUCAAAGGCGGAUCGAGAGAGUGACUUUUAUGCAUUUGUUUUAAUUUUUGGAAAUUUAUUUUUUUCCCCUCCCUCGCUCGCUGCCGGGCAUGUCCUGAUCCGGC